AUGUUGGGUUUUUUUAUGAGGAAAGAUGUCAGGAAAAUUCUCAAGAGAAAGGAUAGUGACGCUGGCGAUACAGGUAGAGCACUGGAGGAAUUGCGUGCUUCCGUGUUUAGCAAAUUACGAUCAUUCGGUGGUGCAAAGUGUCAACAGCAAUCCUUGUUGGGGCCCUCUAUUGCUCUCACCUUCAAUUUUUUCGUUUCUGUUAGUAUUAUUUUGAUGAACAAAUUGGUACUUGUGAAUGUUGGAUUUAAUUAUCCUAUUUUCUUAACUUUUAUUCACUAUAUAUUUAGUUGGUUGAUAAUGGCCCUGCUAAAAGCUCUGUCAAUCCUUUCUCUAUCUUCUCCAUCAAAGACAACCAAAUUUUCUUCAUUGCUGUCCCUCGGUAUAGUCAUGUCUCUCUCCACUGGCCUUGCAAAUGUUAGCUUGAAAUAUAAUAGUGUUGGGUUUUAUCAGAUGGCUAAGAUUGCAGUAACACCAGCGAUUGUUUUAGCUGAAUUCAUUCUAUUUCAGAAAAAAAUUUCGGUGCAGAAGGUGCUUGCACUUACUGUAGUAUCAAUUGGUGUUGCUGUUGCUACGGUAACCGAUCUUCAGUUUCAUUUUUUCGGUGCUUGCAUAGCAGUAGCAUGGAUAAUACCGAGUGCAGUUAAUAAAAUACUAUGGUCCAAUCUUCAACAAAAAGAAAACUGGACAGCCCUAGCGUUAAUGUGGAAGACCACACCUAUUACUUUAUUCUUCCUUGUGAUGUUAAUGCCAUCACUUGAUCCUCCCGGCGUCCUGUCUUUUAAUUGGAACCUCUAUAACUCUCUAAUUAUUGGCGGUUCGGCUAUUCUUGGUUUCUUGCUUCAAUGGUCAGGUGCCCUAGCACUUGGGGAAACCUCUGCAACCACCCAUGUUGUUCUUGGACAGUUCAAAACUUGUGUCAUUCUUCUUGGGGGCUUUCUUCUCUUCAGUUCAAAUCCCGGAACAACUAGCAUUCUUGGAGCAGCUACAGCUCUUGUUGGUAUGUCAUUCUACACAUACCUUAACUUGCAUUCACAGCACCAGUUGGCCAAAAUUUCUUCACGACAAUCUCCAUUCUCAAUAUCAAAGUCGAAGCUCGGCAAAGAAAAUGGUGAGAGCCAUGAUGGAGGUGGUGGAGACGAGUGUGUCUAG